AUGCGCGCAUAUUUAAUCCGUCGCCAACGCGGCGAUCGAUCGUCGCCGACGACAAUCAUGCGCUCGCCGACGAUUCUCAUUUUUGUUCUCGUCGUUCUACUAUGCGUCGUCGUCGUGCUUCUCAUGGAGCCGUCGUUGAGCGUCGGAGUCUCGCUGAUUCAACUCGGCUUCGAGACGUCGGCGUCGCUAAUGCUCAACGAAUGGCGCGAUUGUAUGCGCGCCAACAUCACCAAAUUUCGACAUUCGACACCCGAUGAGGUGUGGCGUUCGGCCUACAUUCCGAUUGUGCAUUGCGAGGCGAGCACACGAAUGGCCGAGUUGGACAUGAAGGCGUUCACGAAUUCCGACGAGACGAAAUACGCGAUUUUGCCGAAAACCGGCGAGUCGUGCAAUUUGGUGACAAUCGGCGUCGGGCAGGACACACAGGCGGAGAUUGGCUUGAGAGAGGCUCUCGGCGCGGACCACAUCAAUUUCUUUGGCGUCGAUCCGAUCAUCGAUGGCAAUUUGGAGAAGUACACGCAAAUCGGCAGAUUCUAUCCGUUCGCCAUCGGCAAUUCGAGCGAGGUCGGCGAGUCGUCGGUUCUCACUCAAGGCGCAUACCACACGCAAAAUGUGAUUCAUAUCGAAAUGAUUGUAUUUCUUCGAAAUAUCGCGAAUAUCAAGAUGAUUGACCAUUUAUGGCUCGAUGGCGAAGGUGCCGAAUAUGAGCUGUUCGACUACUUCUACAAAAAUGGCAAAUUUGAUGAGAACGGCAUCACGAUAUGCCAAUUCAAUAUGGAGAUGCACGAGCCGAACGACGCCCGCAAAUCGGCGAUCCAAUCGUUCCUGAUUCGACUAUUCGACGACGCGCGCUUCGCCUUCUUCCGUCCCGUCCAGGCCACCCAUCUGCGGUUGUUCUUUGUGAAUUUCGCCGAUCGCGCGUGCGUCGCCAAAUAUCUCCAGCAACGAUGA